AUGUGCUCGUGUGCUCCAAUAGAAGCAGACCGCAUAUACUGUCCAGAAGGUUCGGUCUUGCUAGAUAAUAAGUGCCACAAAAUUAUUUGUCCAAACGGCGAAUUGUACAAGGGCAUCUGUCUGCAAGCCAUUUGUCCCCCCGGGACAGUAUGGCGGGGUAAGAGGUGUCAAGAACCAGAAAAUAUAACCACAAUUCUGGAAAUAGAAAAUGUUGUGACUAAUGAGGUGCUAAGGACCCCCGUGUAUCUUGAAGUUAAUAGUCAGUAUAAACAGAUUUUGAACGGAACGUCGUAUGUCGAUAGGGACAACAGCAAAAGUAUUGGAACAAGUCUCCCUGCCCAGGAUAUAAGCAUUAGUUCCAAAAACUCCGGGGACUAUAGCUUGCCUAAUACCAACGAAAUAAGUGCAGUACUGAAGGAAUCUGAAAAACUAAUAAAGCCACUGGUUCUCAAUGAUGACACCAAGCCCACAAAUUUACUUGUAAAUAGUCGUGAAAAGGAGGCUGACGAUCAAUCAUCGAAAUCUGUAGGUUGUUGUAAUGUGAGAACACCGCGUAUUUGCAAGCUUUAUGGCAAGAAGUGGAUUUGUUUUAAUCGUAAUCAACAUUUAUGUGAUGCCAGAGUGUGUAGUGCUCCCACUGUAUAUUUGAGGCCUCCGGAAAUUAAAUACAAACACUCAACUUUAAUUAUGCCGCCGCCGACAACAUUAUCGCAACAAGGUAUUGAUC